GUUUCCCGGAAAUAAGACCUACCCUGAAAAUAAGACCUAGCCUGAAUUUUAAAAAUGAUUUUAAUAUAAGCCCUCCCCUUAAAAUAAGACCUAGUCAAUAACGCGAUAAAGUCUCGUGACAUUUUUGUUGAUGAAGCUCAGGAAAUCGCUGUAACGAUCUAAUUCUAUGAACGAGUGGUCUGAUUUUCAUUCUUUUGGUUGAGUUUUGUUGUAAACCUUUAUCGUCAAAGCGUAGUAGCAUAUAUUUACGGUCAAAGUAUACAGCUUUUUAGUAAUAGCGGAGGUAAACAAACGGAUAAAGGUGCUACAGAGAAGGAGGAUAAAUAUGUCCGUUUUCUGAUCCAUGGACGCAACUAAAUUUCCUUUACUUGACUCGCGCAAAAGAUGUGCGAAGUAUUCGAGGAUACCAAGCAAUGUUUCAUCUAAUGGCUUAGAUGAAAUUCCACUGAUGUCGAUGGGUCCAACUGAAAUAGAAAUGACGACAGGAGAUGAAGAUUUGGAAACUUACUCGUCCAUACCUUUGCAUCGAAAGUCUUUUUUUUCACGAUGUUGUUCCGCUUCAAUGGGUUUAUUUUUGAAAUGUUGUGCGUGCUGCAAAAGAGGGAAGGAAUUGGGACCAAGAACAGUACAUGUUGGUUUGCAGGCUAACACCCUUGAUGGGAAGGAACACAAAUUUCCAGCGAACAAGAUUUGUAAUCAGAAGUACAAUAUUAUUACAUUUGUUCCAGGGGUCCUGUACAACCAAUUUAAAUUCUUCCUCAAUCUGUAUUUUCUGGUGAUGGCAUGUUCACAAUUCAUUCCGGAAUUGAAGAUAGGAUAUCUGUACACUUAUUGGGGUCCUCUUGCUUUUGUUUUGAGCGUAACUCUAUUACGAGAAGGUAUGGAUGAAUUAAGAAGACAUUUUCGGGAUCGUGAAAUCAAUUUAUCAAUGUAUAAAAAAAUUAACACGGAUGGGAGUAUUGCAACUGUACCUGCUUCAAGUAUACAGGUCUCUGAUGUCAUAAUGAUUGAAAAAGAUCAAAGAAUUCCUGCAGAUCUGAUAUUCUUGCGUACGUCGGAAAAGAAUGGUACAUGUUUCAUUCGUACUGACCAACUGGACGGUGAAACAGACUGGAAAUUACGACUUGCUGUACCGAGCACACAAAAAGUUGAAUCCACUGCUGAUAUAUUCGAAUUAAAACCUUAUCUAUAUGCAGAGAAACCUCAUAUCAACAUCAAUUCUUUUACCGGUACAUUUACAACGAUUGAUGAUUCUGGUGACAAUAUAGACGAGCCAUUGGGCAUUGAAAAUACUUUAUGGUCUGAUACUGUUGUUGCAUCUGGUACCGCUAUUGGUGUUGUUAUCUAUACUGGAAAACAUACAAGAAGUGUAAUGAAUGCUUCAAAUCCAAAAACCAAGGUUGGUCUGCUUGAUGAAGAAAUCAAUAAAUUGACAAAAAUAUUAUUCGCUGCCGUCGUUGUUCUGUCUCUUGCACUUGUUGCUGUGAAGGGUUUCCAAGGACCAUGGUAUCGCUACAUGUUCCGAUUUAUUAUACUAUUUUCAUAUAUUAUUCCAAUAAGUCUUCGAGUUAAUCUGGACAUGGGUAAAGCCGUCUAUAGCUGGUUCAUUGAAAGAGAUAAGAGGAUACCAGGGACAAUUGUCAGAACAAGCACCAUUCCAGAAGAACUUGGCAGAAUCAAUUAUUUACUUACAGACAAAACAGGAACUUUAACUAGAAAUGAAAUGAUCUUCAAACGACUUCAUGUGGGAACUGUUUCAUAUGGAGUGGAAUCUAUACCUGAUGUUGAGAAUUAUCUUCGUCAAUCAUAUCCUGAUCCUUCGAUAAUAAUGGGAGAUCAAACUUUGAUUUCAACAACACCUCGGAAACAGAAAUCCAAGAUUAAAAAAAGUGAUCAAUACAGAGUAGUAGAGGCUGUCAAAGCUCUUGCUCUAUGUCACAAUGUAACACCUGUUUAUGAAGAAACAGAAUCUGAUGCAGAAUUGAAUAAUAUCAAUCAUGAAACUCUUGAUCAAACAAGGACUUAUCAAGCAGCAAGUCCAGAUGAGAUUGCUCUUGUUAAAUGGACAGAAUUAGUUGGUAUGACGUUGUUUCGGCGUGAUUUAACUUCAAUUGAACUUCGAACUCCUUACGGAACUCUCAUUCAUUACACUGUAUUACAGGUUUUUCCAUUUACUUCUGAGAGCAAAAGGAUGGGAAUCAUAGUUCGAGACACGUCGACAAAUGAAAUUACAUUCUAUAUGAAAGGUGCAGAUGUCGUUAUGACUAACGUAGUGCGGUACAAUGAUUGGUUGGAUGAAGAGUGUGGAAACAUGGCAAGAGAAGGACUAAGAACUCUGGUCGUGGCCAAAAAAAUCCUGUCAGAAGAAAUAUAUCGAGAUUUUGAGGCGAGGUACAACCAAGCAAAACUAAGUGUAACAGAUAGAUCGAUGCAUGUAUCGUCAGUAGUUGAAACAUUGGAACGAGAUAUGGAAUUGCUAUGUGUCACUGGAGUGGAAGACCAACUACAAACUGAUGUUCGACCUACUCUAGAAAAUUUAAAGAAUGCUGGGAUCAGGAUUUGGAUGUUAACAGGAGAUAAACUAGAAACAGCAACAUGUAUUGCAAAAAGUUCAAGACUUGUUUCAAGAGUUCAAGAAAUAUAUAUUUUUAAACAAGUCACUACUCGCAAUGAAGCACAUUUAGAGUUAAAUUCAUUUCGGCGUCGAGCAUCUGAUGCUGCUUUAAUCAUACGAGGAGAAUCUCUCGCUUCGUGUCUCGAAUUCUAUGAGCAUGAAUUUAUCGAGCUUGCUUGUCAAUGUCCUGCUGUAGUCGUUUGUCGAUGCUCACCGACACAAAAAGCUGAAAUUGUUCGGCUAUUGAGAGAACAUGCUAACAAAAGAACAUGUGCAAUAGGGGAUGGUGGUAAUGACGUUAGCAUGAUUCAAACUGCUCAUUGCGGAAUCGGUAUUGUAGGAAAAGAAGGAAGACAAGCAUCACUUGCCGCAGAUUUUUCUGUCACUCAAUUUAAACAUGUUGGUCCGUUGCUCGUUGUUCACGGUCGCAACAGUUAUAAAAGAUCGGCUUCGUUGAGUCAAUUUAUCAUUCAUCGUGGUCUUAUCAUUUCAGUCAUGCAGGCUGUUUUUUCAUCUGUAUUUUACUUUUCAUCAGUUUCAAUUUAUCAAGGAAUUCUUAUGGUUGGAUACACAACUAUUUACACAAUGUUUCCUGUAUUUUCACUUGUUCUUGAUCAAGACGUUUCAGCAGAAACUGCACUUUUAUAUCCUGAAUUAUAUAAAGCUCUCACUAAGGGUCGAUCAUUAUCUCUGAAGACAUUUUUAAUCUGGGUUAUUAUCAGCAUUUAUCAAGGAGGAGUCAUAAUGUAUGGAUCUCUCCUUUUAUUCGACGAAGAUUUUCUACAUGUUGUAGCCAUCACUUUUACUUCACUUAUACUAACGGAACUACUUAUGGUCGCACUUACAAUUCGGACAUGGCAUUGGGUCAUGGUUAUAUCAGAAAUUGGCUCGCUAACAAUUUAUAUCAUUUCACUCAUCAUUUUGAAGGAUUAUUUCGAUCCAGAGUUUUUGACAACAACAGCAUUUCUAUGGAAAGUUGCUGUCAUCACAGCCGUCAGUUGUGUGCCUUUAUUCCUUCUCAAAUACAUCAGGAAAAAGUUUUCACCUCCAAGCUAUUCAAAACUAAAUGACUAAUUUCAAUAACAUAUCCUUUAAUUUGAAGCACAUUUUUAUGCAAUAUAUCCUGUAAUUUUUCUCAAAUUAUUUUCAGAUUCUUGAUAAGAUAGAACUAAGUGUGAUAAA